AUUCAGCUAUAAAAGGCUGGGUUCAGGCUUUUGAUAUACAGACACUAAGCUAUCUAACUUCCAGUUUACACUUGGCCUUAGAAAGUUGUUCUAGUAGUCUUCAAAUUCUAUCUGCAUUUUUGCGUCCCGUUUCCGAAAUGGCGAAGUUCGACCUUUUAAGCUUCUCACUGGUAGCUGUUGCAGUCGCAAUUUUGGGGCUGUCACUGCAAUCUCUCUCCGUGGACGCGCAGUGUGAUGGUGGGUGUGAUCCCAAGUUUGUGUUAACUGAGCUAAAGCAAUGCCAGGCGAAUAGAACUGGGAAUUGCCCAGACUACAACUGCUGCUACGCCCUGGGAGCACUUAACAACGUCACCAACGAUUGCAUUUGCGCAAUUGCCUACAAGUAUCUCGAACCACCGUACACCAAGCUCUAUCAACUGUUCCAAAAGUGCUCGAGUGGUGCGAGAAACGUCAGCUGCCUUCUGAGAGCCUAGUGAGAAAGUUGAUCACAACGCACGCAUCCUCAGCUUGAGCUGCUGCUUCCUGCGCAGGUUCAGGGUGAUGUUUGUGCUUAUGUAGGUUACAUAGACCGACAACUUUCGAACUCUUUGUGAUGCAAAUCCUGCUUCCGGUACCUCUGAAUUUCCCAUAUUCAGUACCAACCCUUUAUUUUACUAUUUCUUGACUGUAUGUGAAUCCUAAGCGUUUCCGUAUAGUUACUGUUAGUAAGUUGUCAGUUAGUUCAGUUGUCAGGACUUACACGUACGUAAAGUGAACGCAGUCCAUGCUGUGUUGGCCCUCUGAUGGACCAGGACUCACGUUCAAGUUUGCUGUUCGUUAAUAAUCAAGAAUAAAUAUGGGAACUGCGUCAAUCUUUGGCUUCUAUUAUUGACCUCCAGUAUUAUUUGCG